AUGGUGGUGGUUAAGCAACCAGACAUAGUAGUGGUGGACAAGCAGAGGAAGACGGCCGUAGUGACAGAUGUAGUGAUACAGAAUGACAGCAAUAUCAGGAAGAAGGAACACGAGAAGCUGGAGAAGUACCAAGGGCUCAGAGAAGAACUCAAGAAGAUGUGGAGGCUGAAGGUCACAGUGGUCCCAGUGGUAAUUGGAGCACUCAAUGCAGUGACCCCCAAACUAGGCGAGAAGCUCCAGCAGACCCCCGGAACAACAUCCGAGAUCUCUCACCCUGACAUAGACUUUCCCAGGGAGGCUGAGGAGUGUGAUCCUCCUAUAGUUGGAACACACCCUCCGGUCACCCUUCCUAAAGAUUGGAACCACCACCCUGGUUUGCCAAUCCAGAGCAUCCUCAAGCACCCCACUGCAGGGAACAAACCCUCUCGUCCAUGUGGAGAAACCCAAACGUACAGGCAACAAGCUGAGUGGAUACUGGGAUUUCCACUACAGCCCCUCACCUCUCAUCAGGGGGAACUCCAGACUGAGACAGAGUCCAGCCCCUCUCCAGGAGACUGGUUCCAGAGCCCAACCUGUGUGUUGAGUAUCACUAAAAAGGACGGAGACCUCAUUAGCACAAUCAUCUUCACCUGCCCCACCAGCCUCCCUGGCUCUGCCUGCACCACCCCUCCACUGCAGCAGAGCCACACCCCUGCCACACUCUCUUUUACAGGCAAACCAGCAUAUGAAAUGGAUGUAACAAAUCCAGACUGGGCACCAACACUGCACAUGGGCCACGACGACAUACCUGUAUCGGACUCAGAUCGGCACGCAAGGCGUAUGCAACGGAAGCGAAAAAGAGCACCCAUUGCAGGCUUGAUGAUCAAUGAAGUUCAGACAGAAGAAGAACAACAACAUAACCAUGUCAUGGAGGCAGUUGACAGCAAUUGUGUUGGACAAGUGGAGGUUGAUGUACCAGCUGCAAAUGUGGACAGUGGUGAUGGGAGUGACAGUGUCACGGAAGCUGAAGGGCAGGCGAAGGAUUGUGUGUGCAGUGAACAGGGCAGAGCUGAAAUAAACCGGCUGUUGGAGGAGAACAGACUGCUUCGAGCACAGUUGCAAAAGACAGAGCUGAAUGAAACUUUCUUAAAGGACGAUACAGAAAAAGUAAGAUAUUACACUGGUCUACAUUGUUAUGCUGUCUUUAUGUCCCUCUUCAGCACUGUCAAAGACUUCCUGCCAAUAUCGAAGAAACUGACAGGUUUCCAAAUGCUCUUACUCACACUAAUGCGUCUGAGACUUGAUCUUCCAGUCCAGCAUCUUUGUCAUCUAUUCGAUGUGUCCCACAAAACACUGUCUUCUGUCUUCGCCGAUACCAUUGAUGUUUUGUAUGCCCGCUUAGGAGCACUGGUACACUGGCCUGAGAGGCACUGUCUGCAGGCCACAAUGCCUCCACAGUUUACUGAAACCUUUGGAAAACGAGUGGCCAUCAUAGUUGACUGUUUUGAGAUUCGAACAGAAAGACCAUCAAAUUUAAAGGCACGUGCACAAACAUACUCUCAUUACAAGGGUACACACACCAUAAAAUACCUCAUAGGGAUUACACCUCAUGGAGCUAUUUCUUUCAUUUCCAGGGGAUGGGGAGGGGGGGGGGGUCGUGCAUCAGAUAAACACAUCACAGAGAGAUGUGGCAUUCUUCAAAAGCUUUUACCAGGGGACGUAGUAUUGGCUGACAGAGGCUUUGACAUCAGAGAUGCUGUAGGAAUGAUGUGUGCGGAGGUCAAGAUUCCAGCUUUCACAAAAGGCUACUGUCAACUUGAGGCAAGGGACGUUGAACAAACGAGAGCAAUUGCCCACCUGAGAAUUCACGUUGAGCGAGUAAUAGGUAGUUUGCGCAACAAGUACAAAAUGUUACACACUACAAUGCCAAUCCGAUUACUCUUAUCAUGUGAGGGUGAAGACACAACACUUCUUGAUAAGAUCGUUAAGGUUUGCUGUGUUUUUGUUAAUAUGUGCCCCAGUGUUGUUGUCAAACCAGGGCCAAAUGACACUUGCUCCUGUUGA